GGUGCGGCCAAGUACGCGAGUGCCACGGGUAAGCGCCAAGGAUGCCGAUGCGACGUUUAAGAGAUGCGGUGAAGGUGGCAAGUGCGAGUUCGCGUUUGGACGAUUGAGGAAAGGCUCGUACCGAAAGCGAUCGUUUGCCGCCGCCGUUUGUUUUUCACCUUAGCGGAGUUGCUAAACGCGCCGAGCUCGGUCGGAGGCUUAUGGUGGCGCAAAAAAUUGAUCGAUCCGCCGCGGCCUGAGCGAGAGGAAUGAAAUUGUGCAAACAAGUUCUCCCGCGUUCAAGUUUAUUUUGCCGUCUAAACGUGUGCACGGAGUGCGCGCGCCUACCCGCCUUUCCCGGCCGCCUUCCCAUUAAUAUAUCAAACACGUAAUGAAACGAUGGCCGAUGAACACGUGAAAUUUAAUUGAAUAUCCAUCCGAGUCGUCGGGAUACUAAUUAUUUUGGUACUUUAUGCGCCGUGCGUUUUCUCUCGUUUUUCCUUGGCUUUUGUUCGCUCGAGCGUUAUUUAUGAUCGGCCGUAUUGUAAAGUGAUAAUAUAAUAAUGGUAAUAAAUGCCGCGUGGCUUCAGCCGAAGCCAGAGUUGCGAAAUGCGAAACAAAAGUUUAAUUUACGCUAAAGUAGCGCUAAAGUUGAGGAGCCGCGACGUAAAGAUAUAAAUGAAAGAAAAAUUUGGCGAACGAUUUAACUCCUAUCGCUCACAUUAAGGUGAAAAUAUUUGGGAGCGAGUUCGGGAAAUGCGAGAUGCGACAUGCGGCAUGUUAUAAUAACGUUCGUAAAUACGUUGACGUCGCGGUUAAUUAAUUUUACCGCGAGUUGAAUCGUUCGAUUAGUGCUGGAGCAUCGUUCCUUAAAGGCUAAAAAUAAAGAAAGAAAAAAAAAGAAAGAAAGAAAUAAGAAAAAAAGGACUUUUAAAAUAAAUCGAAAGUUACCGAGCCUCCAAUGUUGAGUACAACGGCUUCACCGAGAUUUAGAGAUUCAAAGUCCAUUGGCAACUUUUAUCAUCGAGCACAGAGCGAUUCGCGCUCUUUCUCACCGGCCGCCAUUCCUCGAGUCUCGCAACGCUCGAUUUGUGAGAAAUUCAACUUUCGUAAGCGGAAAAUACGCGACCGCAGAAUACUUCAUCCCAUCGACGUCGGGCCCUGAGCAAAAAGUGCAAGGUCUACUCGACUCACUGCAAAGGCAGUUGGAGUGCCGCCGUAAUUUCGCGUUAUACACUUUUCAUUGGACGCGAGUGGAAUCGGUGGGGAGCGGUGGGCUCUUGUAUACAUGCCGGCGGCUCAUUUUCCGGAUCGACAGCGACUUACAGGGACAGAGCGAACACCUCCAUCAGCCUCGCCAAAGGCAUUGGUCCUGGCCCAUCCGAAAAAAUGCCAGAAGCAGAGGAGGAGCCGAGGCAGAUAUUCCGGAAAGCCCAGUACAUGGGCUCGUUUCCCGUAGCAGGUUUCGACGUUGCUUGCCGUGCGGAAUAUUUGCGUGUGAAGCUUGAUCUACUCCGAAGCCAACGGUACAACAAUCGGUCCACAUCCGUCCUUCUAACAGUCUCGCUCGCUGGGAUAAAAGUAUGCAGCCCAGAUGGAAAACGGGUGCAAAUGGCACACGCGUUGAGGCGCAUCUCGUACGCGACUUGUGAGCCCCGCAACGGCCAAUUCAGCUUCCUGGCCCGCGAGCCCAGGGCGCACUUCAGCAUCCAGUACUGUCAUUCCUUCAUCACCGAAUCUCCCGAGCAGGCCGAGGAACUGAACACUAUCGUCGGCAAUGCUUUUCGCAUGGCGUACGUGGCGCAACUGCAGCGCCAACCGAUGCUCCAGGAUGUGAUCAACUCCAAGUCGAACGCGCACUUUCGGAAGGACAAGCACCAGCAGGAAAAUCGGACUGCCGUCUGGAACAAGUCCCUAGUUGGCAGUGAUUCGGCAAACAAUAACAACAACAAUACAAACAACAACAACAACAACAACAACAACAACAACAACAAUAAAGUGGUCGGUGGCGUUACCGGCGGCUGCGGCGGCGACGGCGGCAGCUGCAGGACUCCAACGUCGAAUCUCUGGCAGUCGAGUCAGCAACAGACGACGUCUCCGAGUAAUAGCAGCAGUGAGGACGGCGACAUGAACCUGCAGCUCGGCAGCGCCGGUUCACCGACGCUUCGGCUCUCCAGUGUCAAGACGCCGAACUCGAUUCCGGGCCUACGGCCUUCCCAUAACUUCGGCGGCGUCCUCGGCUCCCUGCACGCAGAGGACGACUGCGCGACGACGAAGAGCAUCUCCCAGCAGAGCACACCGAGCAGCGACGAGAGCAACUCACCCACGGAACUCAACUCGUACAAGCGACUCGCGGAUAAGCCGCCACUCAUCAAGCGACUCGCCAUGGGUCUCACCGAUUUGAUUAAACGUUGGGUGAGUAUGCCAUGGACCGAACGACUGAAGCCGACUGAGAAAUUACAUCCAAUUCUAUGCCGUGGGACUAGCAGCGACAAAACUCGGUUGCCGAUUCAUAUGCGACAGCAGCGCAUAGCGUAG